AUGUGCGCGUAUGACACGCUAGCCGACGGCACCCAACCUGCAGUCCGCACAGACGAGUGGGCCUCCAUGUUCUCAGCUCUACCGAACUCGACGUUCCAUUGGCCAGAGCAGUGCUCAGAGGACGACGGACUCCCUUUUGGCAAAUGCCACCAACCCCUUGGCUCCAACCAGCCCUACUGCCUUCGAAAAGGUAUUGCGACCAAAGGCGUGGGAGAUAUGGAUUGGGGCUACUGCCGACCCUGCCCUGCUGCAGAAGUUACUCCAAAAUGUGCAUUUGCCACUGCAGAGGAUGGAUCUCAGCCAACUCCUCGUUUGGACCAGUGGCAGAACUGGUCUCGCAUGCCAUCGAAUGCCAAGACGUGGCCCGCCUUUUGUUCCAGCGUUCAUCCGCUAGGACAGUGCGCACCGGAACAGCUGAUAGAGCGCAGGGACUUUCAGCACCUGUACUGCUUACGGGCUGGGGUCACCGCCCUUGAUCGGAAUGCGGCAGACCAGUGGGGUUACUGCCGCGACUGCCCUGACUGGGUGCUGUCCCAGGCCGUCCUUGCCGAAGUGUUUGCAAGCAGCCCGGGUGUCCGGGAGUACAUCAAUCCGGUGCAGCAAGGUGAGGGCGGCGAGUGCUGGGGAGCACAGGAGUGCACGAACGGCCUGCAAUGCAUCGGUCGCAAGUGCAGGGUUCCACCUAUGAGCUCUUGGGGCAUCAGGAAGAAGAUGAGCUCAGACACUCCGUACUACGCUCGCUACGACCCAUACCUCGCUAAGAUGCAGGAGUAUCAUCGCCAGGUUGUGCGCAACAACAAGCGCCUGCUUUUCGAAUAUCGCAGGAUAGCAGACGAGGAGAAGUGGAUCCAGAACAGGCAGCGCAUGAUGGUUGGCUACACAAUGGGUGCCAAUCAGUUGCAAUUGUACGAGGACCUUCACAGAGGAAAGAUGGCUGAAGCGGGUAUGGACCCCAACUCACCUGCGUACCUGGCUCAUCAGCAGGCAGCCGACGCGCUCAGGGCCGAUCGCUUACGGCUGGAAUCCCGAGCUCAGGAGCUGAAGCGGCAGGUCGACCACAGCCGUCGCAUGGUCGGGAUCUAUAAGAGAGUUGCGGACAACCAGGCCAAGCAAAACUCGGCAAAGUACCGGGCACUCAUGGAGAAGAUGUAUGAUGAUGAGCGGAGCAGAUGGCCAGAGACUACGCCGACAACACCGGAGGAUCAGAGAAGGGCUGCCCGUGACGAUCCCAACUACCCGCACAGGAGCCACUCCCCUCGGACCUAUUCCAAUCCACCGUCUCAAAGCGACAUUGACCGCCUGCAAACUGAUUUGGACGACAUGGCAAAGAACGAUUUGCAGGACAGGGCCAGAAACAAGAAACGUGGCGCAGUGAUUGGCCACACUCAAGAGGACACUGCCCGCUGGGGUGAGCUUAUGACAGCGGAUGGCCGGGGCGCUCUGAGCUUGGAGGGCAGCUACCAGUACCAGCUCGGGGCCUGCGAGGAAGGCCUUUGCGCCGAGGUUGGUGCAGCCGUGACGGUGGCCUACGAGCAUCAGGUCUACGACCAGGACGGAGUCUCCAUCACCGUGCGAACGGAAGCGGAAGUCUUCGUGGAUGCGGGUGCUUCAGUUGGCUGCAGCACCCAGGUGCAAGGAUGUCAGAUAACUCUCUCGGCCGCCGCCGGUGCAAAGGUCGGCGCAUCCAGCCGAGUUAAGCAGGAUCUGGGGAACGGCGUCACGGCCGACUACACCGCUGCGGUCGAGGCCGGGUAUAUUGCCAAGGCCGAGGCGGAAGCUGGCUGCACCAGCAAGAAGGGAUGCAAAGCAAAGGCCAAAGCCUUUGCUGGUGCUUAUGCUAAGGCCACAUCAGAUGCACAGGUGGGCACAGAAGACGUCAGUGGCAAGGUUGGUGGCUCCGUGAUGGCAGGCGCAGGUGCUGGCGGAGGUGGCAGCAUCGGCGGCGUCUACGGCGACGGCGAGCUGAAGCUCAGUGCCGAAGCUUGUGGGAUGCUCCUUGUCGGCGUUUGUGCCAACGUGGAGCUGAAGGUGGACUUGUCUGGGGCUGAGGAGGCAGGCCAGCAAAUGGGUCAGUUCUUCUCCGACCUCGCAGGUGAGGACGGCCCGGUCAGUAGCGAGAUGCUAAGUGAGACCAGUGCUGGCCUGGAGGAUCUUGGCCACCAUCUUGGCAACGGAGGCCAGGCGCUGUGGGAUGACAUGCGCCAGAACUUUGGCUUCCUCCAGGUCCAGAGCUCCAGAAACUCGACUGACGCCUUGUCUCAGUGGCACCGCAUGGCGAAAAGAUGCCCUAUUGACACGGACGCGAAGCCGCUCAAGGCCAUCCUGGACCACCCGGAGCAGGUCGAGCGCGUCACGCGGGGCCUCCUGCAGGCGACGCUUCCAAGGAUCAAGGUUGAACAGCCGGCGAAUGUGAUUACCUCUCUUCCGCAAGAGGUGGAAGCCGAGAUCGAUUCGAAUUUGGAUGGUCUCGUGAGCUAG